AUGAGUCCACCAUUCCACGGCUGCAGAGAUAUACAAUCCCUAAAACUUACCAUACCUAUCCAAGCAGUCAUCUUUGACCUCCUCACAGCUCUCCUCGAUAGCUGGAGUCUCUGGGACAAAGCAACAAACAAUGAUCCCGAACAAGGCUACAAAUGGCGAAGGCGAUAUCUCGAACUGACGUUUGGAUGCGGCGCAUACCAGCCCUACGAAGACCUCGUCCGUGCUUCAGCGAAAGAUCCAUGGCCAGAAGUCAAAGACACCCUUGGUCGGUUAAAAGUAAAGGGCUAUGCGUUAGGAGUAGUAUCGAAUUGCUCCAUUGAGCUCGGCCGGCGCGCCCUACAGAGAUGUGAAACGGCGGACUCGACAACAUUCGAUGCAUUUGUCACCGCUGAGGAAGUCGGCUUCUACAAACCUCAUCCAGAUACAUAUCGCGCUAUUCUUUCGGCUCUCGACGUGAAGCCGCACGAAGCCAUCUUUGUCGCGGGUAGCAGCGGGGAUGUUGUUGGAGCGGCGGCUGUUGGGAUGCAGGUUGUAUGGCACAAUCGAAUUGGACUGCCGGCUUUGCCUGGUUCUGCGCCUUUGGUUGAAGCGCGUUCGUUGGAUGUUGUGUUGGAGGGGUUUCUAGGGUGA